AUGGUUUGUGAGGUGAUUCUGCAUACUUUAAAUAUCGACCCCAUCUAUGUCAAUGGAUUGCAAGACUUCAGGCACUACAGGCUUAGAAUAAAGGUGGAUUACAACAUUCCUCUGGAGUUAGCGGUUUCCCAGAUUGAGAAGAAAUGGUGGACUUGGGAAGUUAAGGUGGACACUGAAGCAGGAUUGCCAAAUGGGGAUUUAAUAGCAUUUGUGUGACUGAAGGAUGAAGAAGAAAUGAUGGAGUUAAGCAACUAUGUGGAUAUCCUAGGAUAUAGGUGUAGCAUGACCCAUGCUUUCAUGUUUAAAUGCAACCUGUGCGGAAAUCAAGGACACCGCGAAGAAGAUUGUAAUGAGGCAAAAGAAGCUAUCAGAAGCCUCGAAGCGAUUGAGAGAGAAAAGUCGAAGCUUGCGCAGGAGAGAUUCAGGACAACGCAGCUCUAUUAUUGCAGGGUAGAAACUGGGAUGGAAAAUAUCAUAACAAAUAUGCAGGUUGAAGAGAGUAGUCUUAAAAUCAAGAUGAGAAAAGGAGUUUACGGAGAAUUGGAAUGCUUUGAGGAGCCUAUGUUGGGAAGAAAUGUACAAGUGGCUCUUAAGAGCCUGAUGAUAAAGUUAAGCAAGUACAGUUUUGCACUAUGUGUUAAUGAGGAUGAAUGCUACAUGGGGUUCAUCCAAAGAAGGCGGAUACUGGUGUUGAACAUUUCAGAGGGUGAUGCUAGAGUAUGAAAGAUGGAGGCAGAAGAACCGAGAAAGAUUGAAUCUCUGAAAAGAAAGCUUGAUUGAACGGAAAGCACAAUGAAAAAGCUUAAGACGAGCAAUAAGUACAUACAGCUGACAGUUGAGGAUUGCACCAAAAAAAGGAAUGAAGAGUCAGUAGGCCCUAAGAGUUGCAUCAAGAUAGUGCACUUGAAUAUAUGUGGAUUUGAAAGGCAAACUCGAUGAAAUAGAGCAGAUGCUGAGGGAAAAGGACAUUGACAUUCUGGGAAUCUGUGAAACUCAUCUGAGUGGAGAAGAAUUUAUCUCUGUAGCUGGCUAUCAGUGAAUUGGAAACGGGAUAAGUAA